UUGCAGUUCAAACUUGAGGAGGAGACUGAACUUGGAAGAUCACGCCGACUAUGUGCAAGACUAAAGACCAUUAACAGAAUUCUUGUGAUAUUGGAUGAUGUUUGGAAGAGUAUUGAAUUAAAUGACAUAGGAAUUCCAUUUGGGGAUGAUCACAAAGGCUGUAAAAUUUUGCUGACUUCAAGAUUUGAUUAUGUAUGUGAUGAUAUGGGAGCUCAACAGAAAUUUACAGUUGAAGUCUUACCUAAAGAAGAAGCAUGGAAUCUCUUCAAGGAGAUAGCUGGAAUUUCUAAUGACCCAAGUCCUACGACUGAUUUACAUUGCACGCAGAUAGCAGUUGCGAAUGAAUGUGGAGGCCUACCGAUUGCUAUUGUUACCGUUGGAAGGGCACUUAGAGCUAAAGUUCAGUCUUCAUGGGAUUCCGCUCUUUGUCAAUUACAAAAGUCCAUCGUCAAAAACAUUAGGGGAGUAGAUGAAAAUGUAUUUAAGUCCCUGGAGUUGAGUUACAACUACUUAGAAAGUAAGGAAGCCCAAAAAUUAUUUUUGUUUUGUUCCUUAUAUCCUGAAGAUUUUGAUAUUCCAAUAGAAGAUCUUGUUAGAUAUGGGAUUGGGCUUGAAUUGUUUGAGGGCACUGAUACAAUAGGCGAAGCAAGAGACACAGUACAUGACGUUAUUGAUUACCUCAAAAAAUGCUAUCUAUUAAUAGAUAGUGAGAGAACAGAGUCUGUGAAAAUACAUGAUAUCAUACGCGAUGUGGCUAUAUCUAUUGCAUCUAGGGAGGAGCAUUCGUUUAUGGUGAGAUGUGACAAAGCAUUGGAAGAUUGGCCGGAGAAAGAUCGACUAAAAAAUUACGCUGUAAUCUCAUUAAAACUUAAUGGUAUGCAUGGGCUUCCUGGUUUAGAAUUUCCAAAACUCCAGCUUCUAAAUCUAGAUUGCAAUGCUGGAUUACCAUCAUUAUUCUCAUUUUUUUUCCACAAAAGGAUGGAGGAGGUCAAAGUGCAAGAGACCCCAGAUAGUUUCUACCAAGGGAUGAAAGAACUCAGAGUGCUAGCUUUGUCCAAUAUAUACGGAUCACUGCCCACAUCACUCCGAAAUUUGACCAACCUCCGAACCUUGUCACUUUUUCGUUGCGGACUUAUUGAUGAUGAUGUCUCUGUAAUCGGAGCAUUAGAGAAUCUGGAAAUUUUGAGAUUUACCAACUCUUGUAUCAAGGAAUUGCCAAAAGAAAUAAUAGGUCACCUUGCUCACUUGAAGGUACUUGAUUUGUUAAAUUGCAUAGUGGAAAGGAUUUACCCAGGUGUUUUGUCAAGUUUAUCAAUGCUACAAGAGCUGUAUAUUGGGUACAGCUUUAGAAGAUUUGGUGAAGCUGGAACAGAAGAAAGUAUGGAAAGAACAACUGCAAUCAUCGCUGAGCUUGCAUCCUUGUCCAAUUUGGUGGCUUUGGAUAUUGGUCUAUUAAAUAUUAAAUCCUUGCCAAGAGAUUGGGUCAUUGAGAAGGUGAAAAAGUUCAAUAUAAGAGUUGACCCAUCUCAUGCCAUCAUGGACCGGCCUUAUUAUCUGUUACCGAAUAAGUUGAAUCUCAGUUCACUGCAUGUGACUGAUCUUAUGGAUAGUAACCUUAAGAUGCUAUUGAAGAGCACUAAAAUUCUGGCCUUAACGCAAAUUAAGGGUUUGAAGGAUAUUCUCAGUGAUUUAGACAAAGAUGGUUUUGAAAACUUGAUGAAUUUGUCACUGUCAUAUUGUGAUGAUUUGGAAUACCUUAUCAACAAACCAGAUGAGGUGGUUUUGCAGAGAGCGUUCCCUUUCCCUGUGUUAGAGAAUAUACGUCUUUCUAGACUAAAUAAUUUCAAAGGGAUUAUUUGUCGUGGCCAGCUACAAAAUUUUUUUCCUGAACUGACACAUUUGUGGAUGGGUUCCCCUCCACUUAAAUGGCUUGGCAAAUUGAGAUUUGUAUAUUUGUAUCGUUGUGAUAAACUGGAAAGUGUGUUCUCACUUUCUAUGGCUAAAAAUCUUAUGCAUCUGGAGAAAAUUGAGAUAUAUGAAUGUUGUAUGAUGGAAGUAAUUGUUUCGAAUGAAGGAGGAGAUCGCGAUAUAGCAGUGGCAACAACAGAUAAAGUCGAAUUUCCUAAACUAAAAAGUAUGGUUCUUCGGAAACUGCCAAGUUUUACAGCAUUCGGCAAAGCCAUGAAUGCAAUUGAACUACCAAAAUUGGAGUAUUUGGAUCUCGAGGAAAUACCAAAGCUCAAUAGUCUCUGCCCUUCUUCCGCUUCUGCUUCUGCUUUUGCCUACAUUCAGUCGCUCUUUUACAACAAGGUUAAAUUGACUUCCCUUGAGAAGUUGUCUGUCACUGCAAUGGAUAAUCUAAUAGAGAUAUGGCCUGACGAACUUCAAGCUAAACUAAGAGAGAUCAGAGUUCAAUUGUGUCAUGGGUUUUUGAAUAUUCUUUUUCCAUCUAAUUUGAUUAAGGGCAUGCAAAGUCUUGAACUACUUGAAGUGAAACAGUGUCGAUCUGUGAAAGUAUUAUUUGACCUUGAAGGACUAAUUACUAGGGAAGGCCAUCCAGAUACACUAUUGCAUUCAUUAACAAAUAUAAACCUACGACAUCUACCAAAGUUGACACAUGUUUGGAAAGACAAUUUACCAGGAAUUCAAGGUUUACAAAACCUAACAUCCCUAUUAAUUAAAGGUUGUGGCAGUUUGAGAUAUAUAUUCUCAGCUUCUCUAGCCAAACUUCUGGGGAAACUACAGGAAAUAGAGGUAAUUGAAUGUGGUGUGAUGGAAGUGAUCAUUGAUAAGGAACCAAAAGUAGGUUAUGAUGUCACAACAAAUAUUUGCAUAUUCCCUCAACUAAGGAGUCUCAAACUCUGUGAUCUGCCAAACCUUAGGAGUUUGUGCCUUCAGGCUUCCACGUUUGAAGGAACAUUGUUGAAGAUCGUGAAAGUAAUCAAUUGUCCCAACUUGAAGGAACUCCCUUCAGCAUUCCAAUGCCUGCAAGAGUUACGGAGGAGCAAUGUUCAAAAAGAGGAAUUUUUUAACUCAGCUCAACACCAUUUCUUGGAUGGAAAGUUUAGUUUAAGCAGCAAGGGGGAACUUACUGUCACGGGAAUAGAUGAGCCAACUGAGAUAUGGCACAAUCAACUUGGUGUCGGGUGCCUUCACAAAGUAAGAGUCAUGUGGGUCCAGUGCUGUAGGACAUUAUUAAGUAUUGUUUCGUCUAAUUUAAUACAAAGAUUACACGAAGUUGAAGAGCUAAAGGUAUGGUGGUGUGAUUCCUUGGAAAUGAUAUUUGACCUCAAAGAGGAGGUAUGUGUUGGUGUUGGUGACGAAGGAACAUCAAUCACUCAGUUAAGCAAAUUGGAAGUGAAGUAUUUGCCCAAGCUGACACAUAUAUGGAAUUGUUUUCCCCAACAAACUCAUUGUUUCAGAAAUCUAAGUUAUCUAAAAGUGAAGAAUUGUGACAACUUGAGAUAUAUAUUCACAAUUUCCAUGGCCAAAGUCCUCGUGAAUCUAAAAGAUCUAAUAAUUAGACAUUGCAAGAAGGUAGAAAAGAUUGUCACCAGGGAAAACGAAGAAGAAGAAAUCCAUUUGCCCCAAUUUCGCCUUGUCGAACUUCAUGAUCUUCCAAGUCUUGUGUGUUUCGGCCCUAACAUAAAUGAUACUCAAAUUCCAGCCGAUGAAUGCCAUUACCGUCUUCUCCCAAAUUUCCAGAUGGUUCAAGUGAGGCUGUGAUAGGAAUUGAGGGCAGUACGUUGGGGAUAUUCUGAUACAACCAUUGACUGAGGUUUGUGUGAUUGAAAUGGUGGAGCUGGGUGUUUGGAGUUAGUGUGGUGGAAUAUUAUUUUAGCUAUUUGAGAUUACGACAUAGGCUAUGGCAAUAGGGAUGGCAAUGGAGUUAGAGAUGGCCAAUGAUAAUGACAAUGACGAUGACUAUUAGCAAUGAUGUUUAGAUUGCCAACUCUUCAAAGAAAAGGUAUAUAUAUUUUAGGAUAAAAUCCACUUUAUCUCCUUAUGGUAUGACCUUAGAGCACUUUGAUUUUGCACAAAGUUUAGCACACCUAAUUAGCUAGUAACCAAAUUUUGCUAUGUUGAUUUAAAUUUAUUUUGAACCAAUGAAAACUCUUAAACCCAAAAUCCUCUAAUUUUAGUAGAUUAGGCUUUCAAGAGUAUAAUGGGCACAACUUGCUAUUCCUAAGUUUCCCUAAUUCUCUCCCUUCCAAUUCCUACCCAACCAACCCAGCAAGCUUCGACCUUUACUUAUAGGGGGCAGUACAGAAGAUUUGUUCACUCAAGAAAGUUGAGCUUUUCAAUUCACUCUCCCUUAUGUGGGAACCCUCUUACCAAUAUGUUUCCUUUACGAAUGAAAAUUCUAAUUAAAUGACUCACAUAUGAAUGAAUUAGUGUCUUGUUGGCCAUCUCAUUUAUUUGACCAACACUAGACCUGAUUUGACAUUUGCGGUUAGUGUUGUGAGUCAAUUUAUGCAGGUACCUUGUUAGAGCAUCUUGAUGCUAUUCACCACAUUUUGUGGUAUCUGACGACUUCUCUUGGAUUGGGACUAUUCUUCACAACUGGUUCUCAAUUCGGGCUCUUCUAUUUUAUCGAUGCUAACUUUGCAAGAUGUAGAACUGAUCGGUGUUCCACGUCUAGUUUCUGUACUUUCUAUGGUGAUCAUCUUAUAUCAUGGAAAAGCAAGAAACAGGUGAUUGUUUCUAGAUCUUCUGCAAAGGUUGAGUAUCGGACAAUGACACAAGGUAUAUGUGAGAUUCUAAGGGUCUAUUUAUACCAAGACUUUUUUUUUCUUCCCUUCAUCCUUAUCUCAAAUCUAUUUGGUUGUAAUUAAUGUUUGAAAUAACAUAAGCAUGACGGCUGUGGCUGUUUACUUGAAUUUCUCUCUCACACACGCACCCAUAUAUUUGGGGUUGAACUUGGCAUGUGCAUGUGCAAUUUUAUGAUGGAGAUUCAAAAUGUUGUUGGAAUAAUUGUCAAGGACAUGGUUAAUUAAAUUAGAAGAAAAAAAAGGGUACUGACUGAGUAAACAACCUAAACAAACAAAUAUAUAUAUAUUUUUCUUAAAUCAUAUUUUACUAUUUUAAGAGCAUGCUUUGUGUUGACAUAUUCAAAUAUUUUGUUCCCACAUAAUGGGAGAAUUUAAAAGUUAUUCUUAUUUUGGUUUUGUUUUCUGAUGUCACUUCAAAAAUAAUAUCAGAAAUGUACAAGUAUCCUAAACAGUCUACUAUACUAUACAACCAGUAAUGAGAAUCCUUCUCCUUGUAUGUUGUUUUUUCUAUAGCUCACUAUUAUGUGGGGACUCAUGAUGAGUUCCAAUGCAGUGGUAUGCCAACUGACCAGCUGUUAUUAAUUUGUGCAAUGUAAGCUUUGAGAAUGGUAAAUGUUGUGAUUUUGGGUGUUUAUUAAAGGUUUUGUUUUAAGGUAAAUGUUUUUUGAAGUUUCAAAUUUCUCUUUUGCAAUAACUAGUAGUAGCUAGAUGAUCUCUGAUUUGGAAAUUACCAACUCCAACUUGUGUAUAUAUAUAUAAACCAAUCUGGGUUGUGACAACCUUAUGUUUUUAGCAAGAGUGUAGAAAAAGCUAACUAUAAAAAGGCAGACAUCAAUUGGUGUCUUGAAAUCUAAGGAAUUUUUAUUUCAUAAAAAGACCAGAAAUUUAAAGAGAAUCAUGCUAGAAUUUAUAUAAUUUAAAUUCGACUUUCAAGGAUAAAAUGGUAAACUAAAUCACAACUUUUUGAAUGUUUUCAUGAGACCAUCUCACAUAUGUGAUCUUCAGUUUUUCUACCCAAAUACAUUUAUCAAUAUUCAGUUACAAACUCCAGCCUCAUGUCUUGCCUGUCCACUUUUACGGGUAUCCCGGGACUUCAUUCUUUCUCCUCAAGUGAUGCCACUGUGAGAUCUCACUAGCAGCAACAUGUGUUCGAGCUGAAUCAUGGCUUGUGCAGGCAUGAACGACUUUGCAUAGGAGUCAUGACAUGUGACAUGAGCCAUGAGUGUUCUAUUGUAGAAUUAUAUCUACAAAAAGGGCCAGAGUGUUCUUUGCCGUCCCAGUUGGAUCAUCUUUCAUUGUUGCUAAAUAGGGGUGAUAAACGGGGUUUGGUCCAUUCAUUCUUUUGAGGACUUGACAUAUAAAUCCUUCUUUGACAAAAUCAUUGACAAUCCGAGAGUGCCUUCCUUCACCUUUUACAACAACAUUUGGAAACCUUUUUGUACUGCCUAAGGUGAAAAAUUUUAUGUGGUUGUUGGCUCGU